AUGGAUCAAGUGACAAAAUUGUGCUCACGGGUUAAAAUCUUGGAGCGGGAAAUAAAGGAUAUGAAGAGCAGAAAGCCUAAGGGAAGAAAGAAUCAUUCGGUGGAGGAGGAGGAAGACGAGGAGGAGGUGGAGAAAGACGAGGAGGAGGAGGAGGAGGAGGAGGAGGAGGAGGAGGAGGAGAAAGACGAGGAGGAGGACGAUGAAAUGGACGUCGAGGAGGAGAAUCUUGAUGGCUUAAAGUUGGAUCACAUUCGGGACAUGCCUAUCUCUAUUUCUCCUGAGGAGAAUGUCGAAGUUUUGAAGUUAGAUCACAUUGGGGACGCAACUACAAAACAUGAUAUUUUUAUUAUUCCCGAGGGUUUAACUCCUUGCAAAUUAGCAUUGUCCAAUCCUCGGUAUCGAGUGGUUGCUACGGGGAAUGUUCACAACUUCAAAACUGGCACAGUGAUGCAUCUACUACCAAUACCAUCAGGAUAUGCACGAGUUGGUAUCAGCUAUUCUACGGAGAUGGACACUCCUUUGCCCGUGCCGCUUGAAGGAGAAGUUGUAACCAUCGGAGAAGCUAUAGGGGCCCUUGUUUUCUGGCCUAUAGAACUUAUUGUUCUAGAUACGGCGGCGGAAAUUUCUUCAAAAGAUAAUGACAAACAAGUAGGAUCCAUCAAAACUCCAACAUCGUCAACAGGAGAAUCUCACAAGGUAGACGACGGUUGUGAGGAAAAAGUAGAUGUGGCUACCCUUCCAGAAUGCCUUUUUAUGUUCCAUAUCUGUGCUUCGAAGAUGGAACGUAACGAACAAAUUAAAAUGCCAAUUGACAUUGGAGUAACAACACAAAGCAAGAACAUCUUUCUUAGUAGGAAAGAAACCUUCCGUCUCCUUGCACAGAAAGAACUUGAACUGCCCCAUAUAUUGACAUAUAUGUCGUUUCAUUGGGUUUUGUGCGUCAUUGAUCCUUACAAUAACACAGUAUAUUACUUGGAUUCUUUACGUACUCUUGAAUUCAUAGGAACCGAAAAAUGCAUCAUUGGGGAUUUACUUGAAAUCUUUAACACAGCACUUUUCCAAUUUCGAAGUGACAGGGAGCUUGCCACAAAGUUGAAGAUGAACACAAAAUGGAUAAAAAUACAAUGUCCUUGCCAAGAAGAUUACAUAGAUUGUGGAUAUUAUGUGAUGAGAUUCAUGAAGGAGAUAAUCUCACACAAGCGACUUCAAAUUCCUGAAGAAUACUUUUCAGAUUGUCAGUUUCCAAGUUAUGACACGGAGCAGAUUGACGAAGUAAGAACUGAGUGGGUGCGCCAUGUUGUUCAACAAAUGUAUAAUCGCUAGGUUACGUUGAAUGAACCAACAAACAUACAACUUUAUUAAUUAAUGUAUUUUGCGUAGUUUAAUGUUUAGAAUUUUAUUUGUGAUCUAUGUAAUCGGUUUUAUUAGGGUGACUUGUAAAAAUUCUUUCCAUUGAGGUUUGGGAAUUAAUAUUCAACUAUUCACUA